AAUGUGCAAUAACGGUUUUAAGAAAACCUCUUUCAACCAAUGAAAGCCAGAAAUAAAUAAAAACAGUCGCUAUAAACGAAAUUACAAGAGCUUUAAAACUCACUCGACUUUUUUUAAUAUUGUCCAAAACAUCUGUAUCAUAACCUCUGUCUUUUAGGAAUAAAACUAUCUAAAAAAAUAUUGAUCCACUUUAACUAGUGAUAAAUACAGCGAGAUAAAUAAGUUCUAGCUACCUAACAAGGCUAAAACCAUCAUUAGCUAGUUCUCCUUCUUGCUCUUUGUAUUGUUCCUGGUUACCAAUAUAUGACUCAAUAGCUUGCUAACAGUGUUGGUAUUCCAGGAUAGGUACUCCAUAAUUUAUCCAUAGGCCAUGUAAUUUUUUUUCCAUUAUUUUUUUUGAGUAUCUAUCAAAAUAUACGUUCUUUGAUUGAUUUGAUUGAUUGAUUGAUACCAAAAUCCAUAACCUACUUUCACUUUGCCCAACAGUUGUUAGCCACAAAGAACCUUAAAAAGUUAAUUUAACAAACGAAAAAAAGACACAUUCACGAAAUUAAGCUAUAGAACAUAUUAUGUAAUGUGAAGAAUUAAGAUAUAUACCUCUUCAUUUGUCACAGUAGUAGCAGUUGGCCCUGACAGUGUGUUGAAUUAACAGAAAGGCAGUCAUUGCCCCAUUUUUUAAAUAACCUCUCAGAUGAAGAUAUCGUUACACUCCGUUGUAAGUUAUUAUCAGACAACAAAUAUGGAAUCAAGGAUUCAAAGUCAUAGGCUUAAACAUCAAAACAAACCCCACGUGCAUGCGGGAAAAUCAUACCAUCAAGGAAAUUGAGUUAGCACAUAUUUGAAGCUAGUCCAUUUUUUGAAAUAUUAAAAAUUAUAUAUAAAACGUUUAUUUACUUUGUGCUGGGUGCUUGUUCUCGGCUAAACUAUUUGUUGUAGUUAGUUUGUGGAAAAAUUAGUUAUGGUAACAGAAAAAACUACAGGUGAGAAAAACUGUAUUUUCUUUAGUUGUUUUGCCAAAUGUUUUAUCUUUUUUUCAAUGAGUGUUUUCUUGUUUGUAGAAGAAUCAAGUUCGAACGUUAUUGGGGAGAAGCUUUUAUACAAAGCCAUUAUAAGGGAAACUAGGGAAGAAUUAGGUAAGGUCUCUAAAAUGUAAUUUUUUACUUCAUAGACACUGUCACAAAAUGUUUUAGUCUUUUAAAAAUAUUUUUCACAAGGUUGCUUGAAGCAAAAUAUAAACAAAGCAAAGUACUCAAUAAUCGUUGACAGUUUUUCGGAAGAUGAAUGCAACACUGAGCUAGAUAAAAUAUUUUCAGAUGUUGAAAAAGAAGUUUCUAGUAAAUUAUGUAUGCACUUCCAGCUACCUUUCGCAUUUGUAAUACGUCUAGAAAGUAGCGUCCUUGCGAGAAAAUAAGUAAAAAAAUUCUGAGUUUUUAGGCAAGGCACGUUUUUAUUAUUUUAGAGCAAAACUAAAAGAUACAAGCGCAGAAGAGAAAAGAAGCUUCAAGCACUUCAAGAUGAAGUUAAAAUUACCCAUGAUGAAAGAUCGGAUUCACCUGCCAAAACGCAAAGUGAUGGAAUUAAUACGGAAUUCCCUGAAAAGGUCAUCACAAAAAAUGUAACCACCUUUCAAUGUGAUGAAUGCGACGCAAACUAUACACGCUAAAAUAAGUUAAAAGCGCAUAUGUUGAAGAAACAUAACACUACGUUAACUGACCAGGGUAAGCGUUCAAAAUGUACAUUCCCUGGUUGUGAAGAGACUUUUUACCACAAAAGUAGAAUGAUAUCAUACCUAAACACAUUCCAUGGUACGAAGACAAACGUUCGUAACUUGGUAUUUGAGGACGAACAGAUGUUCAUGGAAUGGAAAGAAAUAGAAGAAUUAGAUAAACACAUAUAUUUUUCAAAGCAAAGAGGGGAUGGCGACUCUAAAUUAACGAAAUACGCUUAUUACGUUUGCCAGCAUGACGGGGACGGAAGAUGGCAUAGAGAAGAAAGUGAACCAGCUCGAAAAACAGAGAAAAAAAUUAAACGCGGUCAGAUUAAAACAGGACGCUUUUGCCCAGUUAGAUUGACCUGUCACAUGGACAAAGUUAAUAAAGAAAUUAGAGUAGAGUAUAUCACAUCUCAUAGUCACGCAGUCAAUUUAGAAAAUACUGUUUUUCAACCCAUACCAUCAACCAUCCGCCGGGAAAUAAAGGCAAAACUGUCUAUUGGUAUACCAGUUAACGAAGUAUACAAGGAGUUACGUGACGGGAUGGGUAACCGUAAUACCAGGGAAAACGACUCAAAAAUAACGCGGGUACAUCUGGUCAGUAAGAGUAAUGUUACUGACAUAAAAAGACACAUGAAAUACGGUAGAAGGCUACACCCUGAUGACAGCACAUCAACUCACUUGUUGGUGAAAAAAUUGAAAAUGGAAAAUUACAACUGUAUUAUUGUGUAUAAACCACAGGGACAGUCAGUUGCUACUGGGACAAAAAUGUACGAUGAUAUCGAUAUAAAAACGGAUCUCUUUGCAAUCGGAAUUCAAACAAGGGAACAGCUGGAAAUGUUCAUUAAGGGUGCAAACAAAGUGCAUUGUAUAGAUGGCACCCACAGCACAAACAAGUAUGAGUUCCCAUUAACAAAUGUGAUCGUGCCGGAUGAAUUUAAUAAAGGUUAUCCGGUGGGUUGGCUGAUAUCCAAUCGAAAUGACGAAUUAACUCUCCGGCCAUUCUUAGAAGAAAUAAAAAGCAGAUGUCCUGACGACUUCACAGUUAACUGUUUGAUGACAGACGAUGAUAAUUCCGGAUGGAACGCACAUUCUGCUGUUUUUGGAAAAACUAAGGUCACAUUCACUGAAUCUGAACUGCGCGAACUCAAGAAUAUCGAACGUGGUUUUAGACCUGGUUGGCUACAAGAUGAGAUCAUUACAGCCUAUUUGUUUCACCUACGCUGUAAAAACACCGACAUGAUAUAUCUUGAUCCGGCAGAGGUACUUGCUAUAGUACUAUAAUAAUAACUUGCUAUAAUAAUAACAGAAGAACAUGUGAUGCAGAAAGAUGCACGCAGCUGUGGUGUAUACUGUUGCUUCUAUGCGUCUAAGAUAAUGUCAGGUGUUUCAUUUAUAGGAUGUUUAUGUCAAAAAUUUUAUUUAGUACUGACUUGUCUAAGCGAAAUUAAGAAAUGAAGACGUAUAAUUUAAAUACCUUCGAAAGUUUUGUUAAUAAAAUUUUAUGACUUUCGUUAAGGUGGCAAGCUAACUGACAAAUGCGAUCCAAUGGGCUUUAGAAGACAAAUGUAAAGGACGAUUGUCGGAAAUUGUAUUCCAUCUGGACGUACAUGGAAGAAUAUUCAGAAAGAACAUUCAAUGUGUCGGGUAAGUGCAUUUAUAUUCAUAUUUAUGAGUAGCUACACAAGCAAUCAAUUGUCGUAAUGAGUUCGAACUUUUAUGAUUCUUCUUCUUGAUUUCAGGCAUGUCUAAAAAAACCCAAAAGACAACGAAAUUGACUGGGUGCAAUGUAUACGAUUUCCGCAAUGGUAUCAUUGCAAAUGCGCUUAGUUUACGGCGGAACAAGCCGAUUUGGCAGUCAACUUCCGUUGCUGAUGACUUUAUCUGUUAUUUCUAGUUAUAUCUAGGGACCUUACAUUAUUUUUAAUAUUUUUAAAUGUUUUUUAGGUCAUCAUCAUUUUGUUGCUUAAAGACAAUUAAUUCUGAUA